GGCACCCAAACUUACUUCCUCAAUUCGUACUAAUAACAAGUCAUAACUUAUUUCUCUCCUCGAUUCACUAACAGAGUUUGAUGAUUUGACUUUCUCCCUCAACUCAGUCAUGGCCAUUCGGUUCAGAUUCAGGAGCUCGCUGAAUUUCGACUCGGUUGACAUCGAAGGCCGACCUUCAAUUUCAGUUGGUGAUCUCAAAGCAAAAAUCGUCCAUGACAAGCACCUGCAUAUUAACCAGGAUUUUGAUCUUGUUUUCUCUGAUGCCAUAACUGGUCAAGAAUAUUACGAUGAAAAUUUUGAACUUCCAAGUGGUUCAAGUGUGAUUAUCAAGAGGGUGCCUGCAGGAUCAGUGCGUUCAGAUAUGGCACGUAUUGAAUCUUUUGAGAAUCUUAGGAUUAAAGAAGCAAAUGUGGUUAAGACUUCUGUGCCGGUGAACGUGGAAAUUGACAACUUUGAUGAUUUUGGGGUUGAAUUGUGUCCAAUUCCUGAGACAACUGCAUCUGGUUCUGAUCUUGAUGUGGAUAAGAAAUUGUACUUCACAAAGGACGAUACAGAUAAUGGAGUUCCAAGAUGUUUCGAAACACCUACGGUAGAAUGUCAGAAACUUGAAGCAAGUGAACUCAGUGAAGCGAAUCCAGGAAGACCUUUAAAUAUUGGUGACAAUGAGGAUUCAUCUCAGAUAAAAUCCAAGCCUAUUGUUGAUGUAUUCACAAAACCAGAGAAGGUGGUUACUGCCAAUCCUCAAUCCAUAGACAAUGUUGAUUUGCCAGCUGAGCUGAAAUGCUCACUUUGUGACACAUUUUUCAAGGAGGCCGUGAUGAUUCCUUGUUGCCAGCAUAGUUUCUGUGAGAAAUGCAUCGGUUUGGUGCUUAUUGAGAAGGGAAGAUGCCCCAAGUGUCUAUCUACCAAAUAUGGAGCAGAAAAUCUGCUGCCAAAUGUUUCUCUUAGACAAGCAAUCAAACAUUUCCUUGAAUCUCAACUUCCAAUCAAAAGUUCAGAUAAUGCUUUUGGAUAUGCUCCAGAUGGAGAAUCAGGAAUUCAAGUGAAAGAAACAUCAUGUGCUGCAAGUAUUCAUCAAAAUGAAGGAGAAUCUACUCAUUCUCCAUGUACUACUGGAAGGGGUUCCAAUCGAAUUAUUGCAAAACCUGUUGUUGGUAAAUCAUUUUUUUCACGCAAGUUAAAACAAAUAGAUGCAGAAAAGCCUGGCUCUAGACAACUUGUGGAUUUGGCUAGAGGACCUGAGGACUUCGUUGCCGAUUUCCAGGGAGAAAACCAGCCUAUGCAUGAAGCUGUGUCCUCUAUCAAGAAGGAAAGGGCAUCAUGGGUCAACAGUACAGGUCCUGAGAGGAGUUUUUUGGAGACAGGAAGGUACAGAAAGGGGGACCGUACCUGUUACCUAUGUGGAUCUCCAGAUCAUUUUAUAAGAAACUGUCCAGCUGCAUCAACUACACGUCCUAUGCUUCAGACUGGAAAUCCUGUAUUUCCAGGAGCUAUGCCUGGUUAUUUAUCACCUUACUGGAACGGGACUCCCUUCUCUCAAACCAGGCCCUUUAUAAACCCAUAUGGCAAUCCCUUCAGUGCGACCAUGGUACAACCCUCAACUUUUCCUGCUCCGACUUUCAUGGCUCCUAUGUUUGGCAGCAUGGCUCCCUAUAGUGGUUUUACAAGGAUGACAGGUGUGGCAUCCCCAGUAGGGCCCAGUGCAGAAUGGCGUCUAGGCCAUUCAGAUUGUGAGGAGCUUCAAGGUUAUGAGAAGAGACAGAAGCUUUCAAACAAGGAUUUGGGAAGGGGACAAUUUUCUGAUGAUGAUGAUGAAGAUAACCGUUUUAACAAGAGGCAUUCUUGUAACGAAGCAAAAAGGUCUCAUGGCACCAAAUCUCGCCAUGAUAGGGACGAAAGCAUAGGACACUCUAAGGACAGGUUUGCUGAAAGGCCACGUUGGAAAUGUCAGCACUCUAAUCAUUUUGAAGAUGAACUAGAAAGAUCGAGUUCAGAAGUAGAAGAUAUGCCAAGUAUCUCCAGCAGGCACAGUGAAGAGCUGCAAAAGCGCCACCACUGGCACUCGAAGAAACAUGACGGUUGUGAUUCUAGUCAUAGUCGCCGUCGAAGUAAUAAAUCAAGUGAUGUUAAAAGGAAGAGAGUAGAGUCUGAUGCCAAAAGAGAUGAAAAGAAACAUCAUAGCCAUUCGGAAUCUGGUUUAGAACCAAGCUUAUCAGGUGAUCGCAAAACACAAUUGAAGGAGAGAGAUUCCAGUCACGGCUCAAGACAUUCUAGGCACAAUUCGAGGUCCAAUGAGCCGAGUCAUGAAAGGUGGCAGAUGAUAAGUGGAUCAGAUGAGGAUAGUGAAGAAGACUAUCAUUACUAUAAACAAAAUAGACUUUACUAAAAGUGUCAACAGGACUGAAAUUUGAGGUAAAAGUGUACAAGAAGUUGCGUAUCUCAGCUUAGAGGAUCCAUCUGGUACCAUUUCAUUUCCUGUUUGGUAAUUUGUAUGAGUUAAUUACUAGCAUGAUUUACCAUCUCUUUUAAUUGCGUAAGGUGAUGGGGGGUUAGAAUAUUUAUUUGGCUUGACAUAGGCCUGUUCUGAUCUAAUCUGAAUUCUUCUGUUGGUUUUGUUGACACAGAUACUAGUUGAGUGGUCAGCUUUUGGACGUAGCUUCAUGGGAUAAUUAUUUUUGUGUAAUAUCUGCUUACUAACCCUGUUCAUUUUUUUUAGCUUCAACCCGGGAGGCUUGCAAACAAAUGUUUUGACUGGAGGAGCAAUUGUUAAUUUAAUUUAGGGUUUGGAUUUUUCAGACACUGUUGUGUUGGAGCUGGUGAAGGUAUGUUUUUCCAUUCUUUUACAACCUAACUAUAAUAGUAAUGACCACAAGCCCUUGUGGAAUUACUUUCGUAUUUUUUGUUCUCUGUUGGAACCCUUCGUUCUAUUUGGAGCGAGCAAACAUUCACCCCCUUUAAGGUGAAUGUACCCCUCCAAACUCUUCCAUUUCCCUGAAAACAGUGAAAAGAGAGACACAUAUGGGUUUAAAAAAAUGCUUUGGCUUUCACAAAGUUUUUGUUCUUUUAAAUAGCGUUUCCUUUUCUUUUCUUUUUCCCUUAAAUAAACACCUUUACACUGCAUUUUACCAAGUCCUUAUAGCUUGGAUAAAUCCAACAGUUGCUAAACAUUUUUCACUAAAUACUUUUAUAAUUGCUAAAUUCGGUUUCUCUCUUGAAAAAUAUCUGCACGUAUUUUUAUAAUAGCAAGUUCCCAAAUCGGAAGAGGUGAAACUCAAAAAAAAAAAAAAAGUUAUAUUUUUUUUAACUUUACUCUUUCUCCUCCUAUCCUUACAAGUGUAUCAUCAUUAUUUGUUUCAGGUAAUAGGAAUUUUUUUUUUUUUUUUUUUAAAUGUGAGAGAAAGGUAUGGUAUUUGGAGAUUUAAAAUACGAAGAUUAUGAAAAUAUCUUUUUCGUUUCAUACCCCUCCUUUUAUUGUAACUGCUCUUUAAGCAGAUUUCCAUUGAAUAGAACGUAUCCACGGUUUAGAGAGAGAGAGAGAGGGGGGUGGGGAGGAAGAAAUCUAAUUAUUUGGGAUUUAAAGUAUGAGUUAAUUUUUUUAGUAUUUGAUGAUAUUAGGGUUUGGAGCUUUGAGCUUGAAUUUAGUUUAUUUUAGUUUUAGUUAAAUAAUAAGUUAAUAUGCACUUAAUAAUUUACUAUUUUAAGAAAUUUUAAAUUUUAUAAUGGGCUUUGGUGGUAUAGAGUACCCGCAUCUUUAAACACAUCUAACCCAAACCCGUGGUGGGUAAUUUAUUUGAUAUCAUAUUAUCCUAAACUCAUUUAAUCAAUAUCCAAAUCUACUUUAAAUGGACUUCCAUGAAAGUCGCCCACUUCCAUGAUUCUAUCCCAGGUCAGAAGUUUGAUUUGCCCCCUUUUUAUUUUUUUUGGGUUUUUUUGGCUACAUAACCCAGUUACUUGCUUAAAAAAAAAGAUCAAAAAGCCUGCGUAUUGGGUUGAUUAGCUCUUGUGGAACUGCGAGAGGUGCAUUUUGUACCUUUUUCUAAUUUUAUUUUCAUUGAUAUUUUUUAAUUGUUGAAUUAAACUAUUACUAGAUAUAUUCUUAUUUCUAGAUUUUUUUUUUUAAUUAUUAGUUUGAUCAUCUAGUGGUUAAUUACCUAUUUUAUAAUAUUGGAGAUCCAAUUUAAAUUUUGA